CAGAAGACAGGGCUGCCCGCUUCCAGCCUCCCGGCCUGUCCCGGACUCCAACACCCGCACCUUUCAGAGAUAAGAAGAGUAAAAAGAGUCUUCAAAGAAGCAGGCGGUUGUACAGCAUCUCACAGGCAGGAAGGAGUGGAACUGAGGUUUGAAAGUGAGUCGUCAGUCCAGAGCCUAGUGUACUGCCUGGUGUUUAACCUCUGUGCUGAAUGCCUUAACACUUGCAAAGCAGGAACUGAACGCAGCUCUCUCCAUCUGCAAGGCCAUCAUGGAAGUCUCAAAGGAAGCAUUAUUUGAGGAAUUUGAGAACUAUUCCUAUACCUUAGAAUACUACUCGCAGGAGUCUGCUUCAGAGGAGGAGACGCAUCUGAAAAUUGUUCACUGGGUCUCUCUGCUGUUGUGUGUCCUAGCAUUUGUUCUGGGGAUUCCAGGAAAUGCUGUUGUCAUUUGGCUCAUGGGAUUUAGGUGGAAGAAGACAGUCACUACUCUCUGGUUCCUCAGUCUGGCCAUUGCAGACUUCAUUUUCCUUCUCUUCCUGCCCCUGUACGUCUCCUAUGUGGCCUUGGGUUUCCACUGGCCUUUUGGCCUGUGGCUCUGCAAGGCUAAUUCCUUCAUUGCCCAGCUGAACAUGUUUUCCAGUGUUUUCUUCCUGACAGUGAUCAGCCUGGACCACUAUUUCCGCUUGAUCCAUCCUGUCUCAUCUCAGCGGCACCGAACGCUAAAGAACUCACUGGUUGUUGUUCUAUCUGUCUGGCUUUUGGCUUCUCUGCUUGGAGGUCCUAGCCUGUACUUCCGCGACACUCUGGAAGUCAAUAACCACAUUAUUUGUUAUAACAAUUUCCAGGAGCAUGGCCAUGACCUCACCUUGAUGAGACACCAUGUUCUGACCUGGGUGAAAUUCCUUUUUGGCUACCUUUUCCCUCUGCUGACAAUGAGCUUCUGCUAUUUGUGUCUCAUCUUCAAGGUGAAGAAGCGAAGCCUCCCCAUGUCCCGUAAGCAUUUCUGGACAGUCCUUUCUGUAGUCAUUGCCUUCAUGGUCUGCUGGACUCCUUAUCACCUCUUUAGUCUUUGGGAACUCACCAUCCACCACGACAGCUCUUUCCAGCACGUGCUGCAGCAGGCAGUCCCUCUCUCUACUGGCUUGGCGUUCCUCAAUAGUUGCCUGAACCCCAUCCUUUACGUUCUGAUUACCAAGAAGUUUCAAGCUCACUUCCGGGCCUCUGUUGCUGAGGUACUGAAGCAUUCGUUGUGGGAAGUCAACGGCCCUGCCACAGCCAGUGAACAGCUCAAUAGCUGUCUUCCCUAGAAACAGACCGUGUUCCCAGAAACCAGCAUGGAUUCUUCACGUGAACCUCAUAAAAAUUCGUUUCAGAUGAACCUUCGUUCUGAUCUAAACCGACCAUAUUUUUGUUGUUUUUGUUCAGUGUAUUGGCCUUAUAUUUUUGCGUGGGUAUAAAAUGUAGAUUUCUUCUUCCUUGCAAUUUAAAUGAUGCCGCUGUCUGGCUGCCCUCUGGUGGCGACUGUGAUAUUAACAACCUAAAUCUUCCCCCCCCCCCACUGU